AUGGAUUAUUCGUGCUCACGCACAGGCCCCGAGUCCGGGAUCAAGACACCAGCAGUUACUGUUGUAUCGCCAGAAAAUGGACCACACACGAUUUCGGUUGACGAGAAGGCUGAUGAGCCGGAAUACAUCACCGGUCUGGCCCUGGUCGCUUCGUUAUCAUCUCUCACCCUGGCUAUCUUUUUAAUGCUUCUGGACACCUCGAUUGUAUCUACAGCAAUUCCCCAAAUCACGACGAACUUCCAUUCCCUCAACGAUGUCGGCUGGUAUGGAACGGCUUACUUGAUGGCUGUGUGCUCUGUCCAGCCUCUUAGUGGAAAGAUGUAUACGUACUUCAACAGCAAGUGGACAUUUCUCUCUUUCUUCACGAUUUUCGAACUUGGAUCAGCUCUAUGCGGUGCGGCAAGUUCAUCAUACAUGCUGAUUGUGGGACGUGCUAUUGCCGGGAUCGGUUCAUCUGGUCUUCUCAAUGGCGCUUUUACAAUUCUUCAUGCGAGUUUCCCAGCACGGCGUCUCCCAGCUUUAACCGGGAUUCUCAUGGGCAUCACCCAGCUAGGUUCUCUUUCCGGCCCGUUAAUAGGGGGAGCCCUCACGCAGCAUGCAUCAUGGCGCUGGUGUUUCUACAUUAAUCUCCCCUGUGCCGCCGCGAUAUAUCCAGCCCUAUUCCUCAUCCACAUCCCAGACGGCCGCACUGCAAUGUCCAAAUCCCAACCCAUCACCACCUCCCUCCGCCAUCUCGACAUACCCGGCUUCAUCCUAUUCGCAGGAACAAUGAUCCAACUCCUCUGCGCCCUGAACUGGGGCGGAACCUCCUACCCCUGGCACAGCUCCACAAUAAUCGGCCUCUUCUGCGGCACCGGCGGCACAUUCCUCAUCUUCCUCCUGUGGGAGCUCCACACAGGCACCCACGCACUGAUCCCACUCGACCUCGUCAAGAAGCGCGCUAUCUGGGCGAGCUGUCUGAACUACGCAUUCAUGAUCGGCUCCGCAAUGUGCUUCACAUACUACCUCCCAAUGUACUUCCAGGCCGUCCGCGACGCAUCGCCUACCAAGAGCGGCGUGGAUCUCCUCCCGGCUAUCGUAACGACUAUCGUCUUCGCUAUGCUCUCCGGUGUUCUAGUGGGCAAACUCGGCUACUACCUCCCCUUCGCAAUCGCCAGCGGCGCAAUGACCACCAUCGGCGCCGCCCUCUUCACAACCAUAACGCCCACAACCGCAACCCGGAACUGGGUCGGGUUCCAGCUGCUCCAAGGAACCGGCCGCGGGCUCGGUGUGCAGAUGCCGCUGAUCGCCGUGCAGACAGCCGCGCCGCGGGAGAUGCACUCCGUCGCGACGGGGCUGGUUGUGCUGGCGCAGAAUGUCGGGCCUGCGAUCUUUCUAGGGAUUUGUCAGGUUGUUUUUAGUGGGGGGUUGAAGAGGGCGCUGGAGCGGUAUGCGCCUGGUGUUGAUAGUAGGGUUGUUGAGGCGGCUGGGGCGAGGGGGUUGCGUGAUGUUGCUGGGUCGCAGUUGGAGGGGGUUUUGGAGGCGUAUAAUGCGGCGGUGGUGGAUGUUUUUUAUGUUUCUGUUGCGGCGGCGGCGGCGGCGUUGGUUUUUGCGUGUGGGAUGGGGUGGGUUAGUGUUAGGGGCAAGAAUGAAGGAGAGAAGGGUGAGCAGUAG